AUGGCAAGCUACAUCCAUCCAUCAGAAUACGCAUGUCUCUACACAUCAAGGCGUGUAUGCGCCGUCCAUGCAGCCCCACCUCUGCCUGCCUCAUGUGCUAUCGACAACCCUGUCAGUGUAUCGGAGAUUGGCAGAUCUCAGCCCGCGCUGCAGCGCAUUGGUGUAAUUGUGGAUCGCCUGUACGCCAUGCACAAACAUCUCAGCUAGCAGUGCAAACCGCAUACGUAUGUCUGGUUGCUCACCCCGACAAUCUCAUCGUCGCUCUGUUCCCUCGCUUGAGCCUCCAACACCAAACCUGAACAAGUCAAAUAUCCCGACAGCGCAGCGCUUUCUCUGCGGUGGGCGGGCGGGUGGGUCCGUGUCGUACUCUGUUUGAUCUUGGAUAUCUCUUCCAGCACAAAGCCCCGAAACUGCUCUGUCUCGGUGUCGUCAGACCUGCAUAAGGCGAAGAUGUUCCGCAGCCGCAUUGACAUGCUGAUGCAUGUAGGCAGCGAACAUCGACCCUCACCUCAUGAGGCCCUCCAGCUCCUUUCUCAGCAGCUUCAGGUGCUCAUUCACCACUGCCAUCGCGCCGUCCAGCUGACAUCAAUGAAAUGCAAAGAGACAUGUUCCGUUGUUCCCCACGGACACUCUUUUGCCGCCUCAUCUCGCCACUCACAGAUACCUGUUUCUUGAAUGAGGUUUCGACUUCCUCUACCUUUUUGUCAAUGACCUGGCUGCGGUCGUGCCGGUGGGUGCUCUCCGCAUCCAUGUGCUGACGUAGACGCACCACGGCCGCCUGCAGCGCUGCAGCAUCCUUCUGCAAACGCACAAGGGAGGAAGGAAGCAGCAAGGGCGAUAGCUACACACACAUGCCUGCAGGUAUGUAGGCAAGCAGUCCCACCUUCACGCGCUGAGGUAUGUCGACUUGCAUGGCCUUGAGCUCACUCGCCAGCACGGUGCAUCGGUUCUCCAGGUUCUCAACGGCUGACUGAUACACACACGCACAAACAGAACGAGACAUGGAUGAACUCUCUUCUUCUGGCCUCUCCUGCCUUGGUUUGUGUGUGAGGCACUUUUGUGAGCUGCAUCUUCUCUCCUAUGUAGUCUUGGAGGUCUCUGAGUAGCUUGUCGGUCAUUUGUUCAGUGUCGCUUUUGAGGAUCUUGUUGACUUCCACCCGCCGCCUCACCUCGCUGUGCAAGGUCCGCUCCAGCCGCUCCAAGUCCUCACGAAGACCCUGCAUGGCACACCACGCCGCACACACGUGUAUGUGUGUGUCCAAUCUAUCCCCCCACCUGCAGUCGGGUCUCCUCCUUGACCUUCCUCCUUCUGGUCUCCUCCCCCAUCUCUUUGUCGAAGUUGGUGAGUCUCUCGCCCGCAUUACACAGCUUCAGCCGCAGCCUUGCCGUCGGCUCCACAUCAUCGCGGGCCUCAUCCACCCCACCACUGGUAGCCCCCGCUUUAUCGCCUCCAACGGACUCGUGUGCCGCCUUUGGCGUGCCGUUUGCCGGUUCUGGCUGUCUGUGUAUCCUCCCGUUGUCCUCUGCUCUUUUCGCCGGGUGGAGCUCGGCCUCUCCGUAUUCGGUCGGGGGGGCGGUGGCCUCGACGGGCUGGGACUGAGUCAGGAAGGCCCCUGCAGGGGGCUCUGCAACAGAGCAGACAGCACAAGAAACCACAGCAGACCGAUGUUGGUGGUGUGCGGGUGCAAUACACUGCAUCCAUUCAUCACCUGAAGGAGGGGCUUGAGCGGGCUGCAGCUCGCCAGGCGCUUCAGAAGGCUCCUCAGACGCCAUCGCUCGGCGCAGUCUUG